AUGCGUCUGCUUUUUCAAGCCUACUUUCUCGCGAUCUUUUUCGUAAUGUUCGUCAAAAGCGAUGGAUCUUCUUCAUCUUGCCCCAAGCCGUACGACAAGAUGAUGUUAUGCAACCUGAUGUGUAACAUUCUACAGGAUUCGAGCGCGAACGACGCCAUUAAAAUGUUGCAAACGAAACUAGAAAGUCUCAUUGCUGGAUUGAACAAACCAGGGAUAGCACAAAAACCAGGUAAAUUGUUGAAGUUGUGAACAACUUUUUAGCUCAGUGAGGUUUGUAAUUAAAAAGCCCCGUGCAGUGCUCCUAACCAGACGAAAACUUCACGCGCGGAUGAAUUGUAAUAAACUUCGCUUUUCCCCAAAGCUGUCUUCCGUUCGGACGUUUUCUAUUUUACUUCGUCAGAAAGUCCGUAUGAAGUAGUUAUUAAUUAACAGCAGAAUUUCUGUCUUUCUUACAGCUGUUUCCGCUUCCUCGUGCAAAGAACAUUAUGAGAAACACAGGUGAGUUCUUAGAUACAAGUACUGUCAAGAGAACGAUGUUUUUCUAGUCGAAGACACUGGCGGCUCGGAAGAAAAUAUCCGAAUACUUCCAACAGAAGUCGAACCUAUGACCAUCAGGUUACUAGUCCAGAUGCUCUACCACGGAGCUACAGGGGACUCGUGGAAGCUAUUAAGGCUACUAAACUAGGUUCAAAUAAGUGCUGACAGAAACCAAUCAUCGCCAAGAGUCACUGUCCUUUCCUAUUUCAAAACCAGACUUUUAAUGUUUUUCUUCAAAAGUUUGACACAGACAAUAAAGAACAAGAGUGGCGAGAAUAACAAAAUCCUAGAUGAAGUAAAUCUGACGUUCAUUAUCUUCAAUUUCAUAGUUCCACAAAAAGCCACGUGUACACGCUGAAGUUUGGUUCGCAAAAGAUUCCUGUUUACUGUCACAUGGGCAACUUUGGAUGCGGAGAUGGAGGAUGGACGCUGGCCAUGAAGAUUAAUGGCGCAAAGGUAAAACGAUGCUCUCGCACACGAAAGUUACGUAUACAGUGUAAAGCUAACAUGCUCUUGUUUGUAUUUCAGAAAACCUUCCAUUACAGCUCUGGGUUUUGGAGUAACAAGAAUUCCUAUAACCUUCCAGGAGGGAAGACCGGGUUUGACGGUCAAGAGACUAAACUCCCAACCUACUGGAGCACACCAUUCGCCAAGAUCUGCCUGGGUAUGAAGAUCGGCCAGCAGAUCAAGUUCAUUGUUAUCAACAAAAAGGCAGCCUCUCUGCAUUCCUUGAUCGCAGACGGAAGUAUCGCGCCACGUCACUGGGUCGUAACACGUGGAAGAAGCUGAUUGGUUCUCAGGCUUCCCUGCAGACUGGGUGCAACAAGGAGGGGUUCAAUGCGGCCAGUUCCCGCGCCUAUGCUAAGACAAGAAUCGGCAUCCUUGGAAAUGACCAACGAGAUUGCCACACCUGUGAUUCCAAAAUUGGGUUUGGAAAUGGAGGGCAAACUGACGAUUCCAACACAUGUGGAAACAACGCUAUCAAAGGAUAUACAUCGGACAAUGGAGGGAGAAGCAUCAAAGCCAUGGGAUAUAUCUUGGUGCAGUAGGCUGAGCUCAAUUUUCUAAUACCUUACUGUACACGAAAAAACAAAUGACGCAAUAAAAGGAUUCUUAACCAUUUGUGCCCUGCUAUUGAAAUCUGAGAGGUGCUUUCCCCUGAGGAAGUGACUUACUUACCGAUGAUAGCUAAGGAGUGAUCGACAAAUACGAAUGGCGUUCUAACCAACUCAGUAACUGAUGAAUAGGUUUUUGUAAACCCGUCUCACUGGCUUUA